AUGUAUGUUGACACCAACGGAUGUUUGUGCCCGUUGUGAUGGACAUGGAAUAUAUAUUUUAUUACCAAAAAGAUGCCCUUCAAUCUCAUCAGCACUCCCAACAAUCCUCGAGAGAACUCAGUCACUCCCUCUACCUCCCAGUAUCGAUCCAUUCUACACAGCCCCUGACGAUUACCAAUCCGCAAAGCCCGGAGAAAUCCUUCGAAUUCGAAUAGCUCCAGGAAAUCUAACAUCCAUCAUUUCAAAUUCCUCAAAAGCAUACAACAUCCUCUUCCGCACAACGGAUACUCACCACCGCCCAUCAUGGGCCGUCACAACUCUCUUUACUCCAGCCAAUUCACCAAACAACCUUUCCUUGCCUGCACACGGAGCAAACCAAGCUCUGCUAUCUUACCAAAUAGCUUACGACAGCGCGAACUUGGAUUCAAGCCCAAGCUAUUCAUUUCAACCCUCCAACGUUCUGGCUGAAAUACCUGAUAUGCUCGGGAGGGGAAUCUGGGUAAACAUUCCCGACUACGAGGGCCCAUUAGCACCCUUGGGCGCAGGUGCACAAUCCAGCCAUGCAACUCUCGAUUCAAUUCGCGCAGUUUUGUCAUCAAACCUCGGACUAUUACCAAAUACUCGAUCUGCAAUGUGGGGAUACUCAGGAGGCGCUUUGGCAAGCGGAUGGGCGGCAGAACUUCAAGCUGAUUACGCCCCAGAACUCAAGAUAUCAAGAGUUGUAUUGGGCGGUACUCCCUCAAAUAUCCGAUCCGUUUUAGGAGCUGUCGAUGGCAAGAUCUUUGCUGGACUCAUCCCGAACGCAAUUCUGGGCUUGAGUACCCAACAUCGUGCAUUCCAUGAUCUUCUCUACACCAACACUAAAACGGAAGGAUCAUUCAAUCGAACCAGCUUACUAGCCUUUCGCACCCUGUCGCUCAACGAAAGUCUAGCCGGAUUCGCAUUUCACAACAUAAGCGACUACCUACUUCACGGCCAAGCCGAUCUUGAAGCACCGGAAAUAAGACAAGCCUUCGCUUCAGAGGCCAGUUAG